GCAGGGUGGGCUCGAAGGCGGUCCUCUCUCUUACCUCGCACGCGGUUGAGGAGACCGGUAGGCCUGGAUAGUUCGUGCUGAGUGAUGCCGGGAAAACUUCGCAGCGAGUCCAGGCUGGGGUCGGACGCGGCAGAGGAAAGCAUGGAGACGCUGCCGAAGCAGAGCGACAAGAAAGCUAGAAAAGAGAAGCCAAAAUCUAAGAAGGCUGAAGAAUCAAGAGAAGCAGUGGAAGAAACUGUCCCCCCGAAAGCUAAGACAGGUAGAAAGAAAGCAGGGCCUUCUGAAGAUGACAUGAAUUCUCCUAAAUCCAAAAAGACCAGAAAGCAAGAGGAGCCAGCUCAGGAUGACAUGGCUGCUCCCCAAACCAAACCUGCCAAGAAGAAAAAGGAGCCUGCUGAGAAGAAGGCUGUCUCUGCUAAAACCAAAGAAAUAGAAACCCAGGAACCUUCUGAAGAAGACACAGACGCUCCAAAGCCCAAGAAGAUGAAGAAAGGAAAAGACUCUAAUGGAGACAUUGGAGAGAAAAGCCCCAAAUUGAAGAAUGGGUUAUCCCAUUCCGAGUUGGACUCCGGUGCCAAUGGAGUGACCGGUGGUGAGAGCAGUAGCGAGACAGAGCAGGAAAUACCUGCGGAACAAAAAGAAGGCGCUUUCUCUAAUUUUCCCAUAUCUGAAGAGACUGUUAAGCUUCUCAAAGCUCGUGGGGUGAACUUCCUAUUUCCUAUACAAGCGAAAACAUUCCACCAUGUGUACAGUGGGAAAGAUUUAAUUGCCCAGGCACGGACAGGAACUGGGAAGACAUUCUCCUUUGCCAUCCCCUUGAUUGAGAAACUUCAGGGUGGGCUGCAGGACAGGAAGAGAGGCAGAGCACCCCAGGUGCUGGUUCUCGCACCUACAAGAGAAUUAGCAAAUCAAGUAAGCAGAGACUUCAGUGACAUCACGAAGAAGCUGUCCGUGGCUUGUUUUUAUGGUGGGACUCCAUAUGGCGGUCAAAUUGAACGGAUGCGGAACGGGAUUGAUAUUCUGGUUGGGACACCAGGUCGCAUCAAAGAUCACCUGCAGAAUGGCAAGCUGGACCUUAGCAAGCUCAAGCAUGUUGUCCUGGAUGAGGUCGACCAGAUGUUGGAUAUGGGGUUUGCUGAUCAAGUGGAAGAGAUUUUGUGUGUUGCGUACAAGAAAGAUUCUGAAGACAAUCCCCAAACAUUGCUUUUCUCUGCAACUUGCCCUCAUUGGGUAUUUAAUGUUGCUAAGAAAUACAUGAAAUCUACAUAUGAACAGGUGGACCUGAUUGGUAAAAAGACUCAGAAAACAGCCAUAACUGUGGAGCAUCUAGCUAUUAAGUGUCACUGGAGCGAGAGGGCAGCAGUUAUUGGGGAUGUGAUUCGAGUAUACAGUGGCCAUCAAGGGCGCACCAUCAUCUUCUGUGAAACCAAGAAAGAAGCCCAGGAGCUGUCACAGAAUACAUGCAUAAAGCAGGAUGCCCAAUCCUUACAUGGUGACAUUCCACAGAAGCAAAGGGAAAUCACCUUGAAAGGCUUCCGAAAUGGCAAUUUCGGUGUUUUGGUGGCAACUAAUGUUGCUGCACGUGGGUUGGACAUCCCUGAGGUUGAUUUAGUUGUACAAAGCUGUCCACCAAAGGAUGUGGAGUCCUACAUUCAUCGCUCUGGCCGGACGGGUAGAGCCGGAAGGACAGGGGUUUGCAUCUGCUUUUAUCAGCACAAGGAAGAAUAUCAGUUAGCACAAGUGGAACAGAAAGCGGGAAUUAAAUUUAAACGGGUGGGUGUUCCUUCUGCAACAGAGAUAAUAAAAGCUUCCAGCAAAGAUGCCAUCAGGCUUUUAGAUUCUGUGCCUCCCACCGCUAUUGGCCACUUCAAGCAGUCAGCUGAGAGGCUGAUAGAGGAAAAGGGAGCUGUGGAGGCCCUGGCAGCAGCACUGGCCCAUAUUUCAGGUGCCACAUCAGUCGACCAGCGCUCCUUGAUCAAUUCACAAGCGGGCUUUGUGACCAUGAUCCUGCAGUGCUCAAUUGAAAUGCCCAACAUUAGUUACGCUUGGAAAGAACUUAAGGAGCAACUGGGUGAGAGCAUUGAUUCCAAAGUGAAGGGAAUGGUCUUCCUCAAAGGCAAGCUGGGUGUUUGUUUUGAUGUCCGCAGUGAAGCAGUCACAGAAAUACAGGAGAAGUGGCAUGAUUCUCGGCGUUGGCAGCUGGCUGUGGCAACAGAGCAGCCGGAACUGGAAGGGCCACUGGAAGGCUAUCGGGGUGGCAGAGGCCAGCGGGAUGGCAGCCGUGGCGGUGGUGGUUUCAGAGGACAGCGAAGUGGAAGCAGAAACUUCAGGGGACAGGGACAGCGGGGAGGAAAUAGAAACUUCAGGGGACAGCGCCCAGGAGGUGGCAGCAAAAGUAGCAGAUCCCCAAACAAAGGCCAGAAGCGGAGUUUUAAUAAAGCCUUUGGUCAGUGAGUGAACCAGAGAUUUGCCUGGCCAAAUAGGAUGGCAUAACAGUGUGGAACUGAACAUUGUUUUCGCACAGUUCAAAGCCCACAGUGUUACCUUUUUGAUCAGUUGCUCAGUCCUCAUUCCAUGCAGAGAAACAGGCUUCUAAAUUAUUUCUUCUGACCAUUGUCAGUUUUUAUUUGAAAAGGGACACAGAUUCAUUGCAUCUUUGUUAAUAUGUCUUGUAGAUGUACAAGAUAAAAUCAAACAGUAUAUCUGCCUAUCCUUGUAUGUUGUGUGCAUUUGUGUGUGUGCAUGUACUGAGACUUGAACCUAGGCCCUCACACAUGCUAAACAAGUGCCCUACAACUGAACUACAUCUCCAGUCCCCAAAAUGUCUCUUACUAGUGUCCUCUAAAAGAUACCCAAGGGAAUGCUUCAGUCUCUGGAGAGCCACUUGAGCCUCUGAAAGUCAGGGCUUUUGAUAAUUGGCAUUCCUUGGCCUCCUGACAAUUACUCAUGUCCUAGAACAGGUCUUCCGAGGAUUGAUGCUGAGAAUGUUUUUGAAACACCAUUUGAAACUUAGCUGAUUUGAAUAGUUUGUUCCAGGCUGCUCUGGCUUUGGGGGACAAAACACAUUAUCAGUUCUCUAGCUGUACAUCUUGAUACUCUGUUUCUUAUAAGGUGACUAACAGAUAAAAUGUAGAAGUACAUUUUAAUAGAAAGCCAAUGUCUUUAACGUUAAAUUCCAAAUGUAUAAAGUGGCUCUGUAGCUUCUUUUAUAAGUUAUGAGGCUGGAUAAGUGAUAUUUAAAUGCUUAUGUUCUACUUUAGGAUUUUUGAUUAGCAUUUACCAAGAAGAAAUUAAGGGAGGAGGGGGGCACAGUUUGUAUUCCUGAAGAGUUUUUCCAAAAGGUCCACAAAAAUUCUACACAUGUCAGAAGGAAGCAUCCAUAACUGAGGAGCCAGAGAAGAUGGGGACAUAUUCUUUGCACAUGGGUCAUGGAUGAUUCAAGAGGUUAACCACUAGUAGGCAAGCUAGGCUUCUAGGUGCAGAAUGGUCAAUUGUUUCUUCAUCUUUUGUUGUUGUUGUUCUUUCUGAGACAGGGUCUCCCUGUAUCUCCAACUGGCCUGGAACUCACAGAGUUCUGCCUGCCUCUGCCUCCCCAGCAAUGGGAUUAAAGGUGUACACCACCAUGCCUGGCUUAAAGUGCUUCUUUGUUGAAAACUUAUCAGGGCUUAGAGAAUUCUUUGAGACAAACUGUAAUUUUAGUUGUUGCUUUGAGGGAACUGAAGAACUCAGUGUAGCAUCUGGCCAGGUGACUCGAUCAUAUUUCUCUGGGAAAUGCCCAGCGUGGGAGCUUAGAAGAGCGUGGUGUCUUCUUGCCUUGCUAGAGAAGACUACACUGGCAAUCUUAGAAUAAGCUAGGAAGGAAAAUCAGAACCACAUGAGUCUUCAUUUUUUAGUUGUUUUGAUAACUGAAAUCUUCCUAAACUCUGAUUUGAUGUGGUCUUUGCCAUUUACUGGAGCACUUGGUACUGAGGGCUCCGAUCACCAGCUCGGCUCAUAGUGGAGGCAGGUCUUUUUUUUCUGUUUGGAUUUCAAUUCUCUCCUUGAAUUUGACCAGAUGAUUCUUCGUACUCUGCUCAGAAUGUAUUACUUUAUCUGCUUGUCAGUUUCCACUGUAUUCCUGUUCUUUGUUGAUGGCCUUUGUGGAGUAUAAUUUAUUAAGCUUUUAUUUUGCCCAAAUACUAGGCAUGCUUUAAUAAUAACUAAAACAUUUCAUGGUUAGAAUAGGCAUAUGCCAUACCUGGUAGACUAAAGGACAUACUGACUGCCUGUUCAGAAGGAAUGGCUAAAACCUAGAUGUGGAUUAUGUGUUAGCCUGUAGAAAAAUGAUCUGCCAAAAAUCAAACAGCAAGGGGAAAGAUCCAUAGAAGCUUCAUUUAUACAAU